AUGCCGGUGACUAGCUCGGUCAUCCCGCAGGCUGCCAUGAGCCUGCUGAACCGACAUCCUGGCCCCAGUCAGCCCAUCACCAACCCAGUGACUGGAAAUAAGAUCAGAUACUACGAGGUUGAGGUUAAGGAGUUCACCCAGCUAGUCUACCCCAACCUCAAGCCCGCCAAAUUGGUUGGUUAUGAUGGCAUAGCACCAGGACCGACGUUCCUCAUGGAGCGUGGCGAGGAGGCAGUUGUCCGCUUUACCAACCACGCCAAGAUGGCCAGCUCCGUUCACCUCCACGGCUCCCCUUCGCGCACGCCUUGGGACGGUUGGGCUGAAGACGUCUUCAAUCCUGGCCAGUUUAAAGACUACUACUAUCCCAACAACCAAAACGCGCGCACUCUCUGGUAUCACGACCACGCCAUCGACCACACUGCCGAGAACGCCUAUUUUGGCCAAGCUGGCGCUUACAUUCUUCACGAUCCUGCAGAAGACUCUCUUGGCCUUCCCAGCGCUUACGGCAUCUACGACAUUCCUCUGAUUCUCUCUGCGAAGCAAUACAAUGCUGAUGGCACUUUGUAUUCUCCCGCCAACGAACAGACCAGCCUGUACGGAGACGUGAUCCACGUGAAUGGACAGCCUUGGCCGUAUCUGAAGGUUGAGCCCCGAAAGUACCGCUUCCGUCUUCUCGAUGCCGCCAUCUCCCGCACAUUCUUUCUCUACCUUGAGGAUCUCAAGGCCAACAGAGUCGAGUUCGAAGUCAUCUCUUCCGAUGCGGGCCUCUUGACGGGUCCACAGAAGGUCAAGGAUCUUUACAUCUCCAUGGCUGAACGCUACGAGAUCGUCAUCGACUUCUCCAAGUAUAAAGGCGAGAACGUCACGAUGCGCAACACCAGAGGCUUCGCCGCAGAUGUUGACUACCUGCACACCGACAAGGUUAUGCGCUUUAUUGUCAGCGACGACUCCGUCAAUGACAAAUCCGAGGUCCCCUCCUCCCUUCGCGCUGUGCCUUUCCCUAAAGACAAGACCGGCGUUGAUCAGCAUUUCCUCUUCCACCGCACCGGCAGCGACUGGAGGAUUAACGGUGUCAUUUUUGCCGAUGUGAACAACCGCGUUCUGGCCAAGCCCAAGCGAGGUACUGUUGAGGUCUGGGAGCUUGAGAACAGCUCCGGCGGCUGGAGCCACCCCAUUCACAUCCACCUCGUCGACUUCCGCGUUAUCAAGCGUGUCAACGGCCGCAGCAACACUGUCUUCCCGUACGAGUCCCAGGGUCUCAAGGAUGUUGUAUGGGUUGGACCCGGCGAGACUGUCACCGUCGAGGCUCACUAUGCCCCUUGGCCCGGUGUGUACAUGUUCCACUGCCACAAUCUCAUCCACGAGGACCACGAGAUGAUGGCUGCUUUCAACGUCACCAAGCUCGAGGACCUUGGCUAUGAUGAGGAAGCCUUUGCCGAUCCCAUGCAGCUGGAGUGGCGCUCCAAGACCGAGAACUCUGCUGCCUACGACUACUCCGCGAUCAAGUCCCGCAUCGAGUACAUGGCCAAGCUCCAGCCUUAUAACAAUGAGCAGGAGAUCGAGAGCCGCCUGGAUGCCUACUGGGCCACAAAGACUAACGCUCCUUCCCCGAGUUCGACCCCCUCGACUCUAGUCGUCAGCACUACGGGCCCUGUGGUCACUUCUUCCGUCACUUCAGCGAGCGCGACCAUCACCGCCAAGGCCACCACCACCAGCAAAGCUGGCGACAAGGGCUCCGAUGAUGACAAGAAGAAGAGCACUUCCACUUCCACCACCACCACUUCGUCCAAGAAGAAACGUGGCCUCCGCUUCCGCGGAGUGGACAUGGAGAUGCCCAAGCGCACUGCCGCGCCCCAAGCAUGA